AGCAUGAACGUAAUCCGACAAGUAUUUUGCAUUCAACUCUUGUCCUCUCCUCGCAAUUAUUUAUCACAUCUAUUAAUAAUAAAUAAGAAACAUAUUAAAAAAUAUCUUCAUAUUAAUAUUAGUGAAAAAAUAAUGCUUCCAAAAUCUUAUAUUUCACUAUUACUUGUUACAACAAUAGUGAAAAGUUGUCUCGGUGGGACAGGACUUUCAUGCAAACUCGAAUGGGUCCCAUCCGGUUCUAGUGAACGUAUCAAACACACAGUGUUUCCUGGUGUUGAGAACAUUGUUGCACGAAUUGGUAUCGACCCACAACAACCAACAUAUCACGGAGGUUAUCUUAGCGUCUUGGAAGGAAUGGCGUAUGCUGUUGAUGACCAGGAAAAUACAAUUGAAUCAGAAACAUAUUCUGUUUUAACGAAUCCCUUAAACUGCACACUGGAAUGGAUUCCCAUCUCUUCCGACACGGAUCCCAUUCCUCCCAACGCGGUCGAAGUGGACGUCGGCGACUCCUACGUCGGACGAGCAGCUUUUGAUGGAACCUACAAAUCUGGAUGGACGCCUGCCGACCAUGGUUUUUUGUACGCUGCCAUGGACGGAAGAGUCCUCAAGUUUUCGAAGUACGAAAUCCUAACUAGUGAACAACCAUCCCUUCACUUGUCCCUGACCAAGUUUGACUUUUCGCCCGCCGACCUUGAAGCCAUCGAGAGAAACACAAAAUCAGAGCUGUUUUCGGUCGACGACAUAACCACGGCAAGUUCACACAGAGUAAAUUAUAGUUUAAUUCGCGAGGCAGUCAUUGAUGAGCACUUUGAGAUUAAGGAAGAUAUUUACGGUUGGGCUGCCGUUUCAAGCUUGGAUAUGCACAUGAUAUUUUGGUACGGAUCGCCCUCCCUUAGGGUGAAGGAUUUGGAGGUAAAUAUGCAUCACGCGAUGGUAGUGGGGAUCAGGACGGAGAGGGAACGACAUGUCAAAAUUAGCGCCACAUUUGAAAUAGGCAGUAGUGAUACGAAUAUAUACUGCUCGUAUGCAACGAUUCAUGAGGAUAUGGACAUCCCAUUCAUAGCGAGGGGCGUCUUUGGGCCGGCUCGAGGUCAGAAUUGGAUCAGCCAAGAGCACAUUAAAGAAAUUUUGAUACAAACUGGACGAGACGAGACUACGUUUUCUAAUUUACCGGAUGGCACAGUGCAAACCGUGGUGGAGGGACAAUUAAAUGGACGAUUAUUUUUAAGGACGUCGCUAAAGACGCAUAAUAAUGGGCCGGAUGGAUAUGGACCUUGCGAUAGACAUCUCAUUCCAUAGUUAGUAAUAUUUACAUAAAUAUGUUUGUAUGAAUAAAAAUCGUAAAAGUCUUUAGAAUAAA